AUGGCAACUGCAGAAUAAGAAAGAACCUUAAUGGAUAUGAAAAUCAAGAUGGUCAAAGAUAAACCUCAGAAUUUGCUAGUGUUGUGUGGACCACCAUGUUCUGGCAAGACAAUGCUCAUUGAACACUUUAUCUUUUCGAAUCCAAGUAUAUUCUAGUUCAUUCCACCAUUCACAACUAAGACCAAAUUUGAGAGAGAGGAGAUUGAGAAUGUGCACUACAGACUAGCUAGCUAGAAUGAUUUCACUGCUUGGCAAAAAGAGGAUAAGUUAUUGUAUCUUACUCAGGAGUAAAUGAUCAACACUGCAGUUUAGACUAAUUAUAACUAUGGCUCUGGGGUUUAAGCUAAUGCCAUUUGGAAUGGAGUCUUAUUUGAAGAAGCUAGCAGGCUCAGAAAUGAAUUUAAGAUUGGAAUAAUUGAAACUUCACUCGAUGGUGCCAAGUAGAUUUAUGCUAAACAAAGGCUGCCUUGCAACUUUAUAUAUGUGCAUCCACCAACAACUGAUGAACUGGCAGUGAGACUGAUUAGAAACAGACCAGGAAAGGACACUCAGCACUCAAUGACACUGAAGCAAAAUAAUGAAUGA